GCGACUAUGCAGCGAUCGUCUUUCUUCCUCGCGGUGCUCGUGGCCAUCAUCGCGGCGUUCGCCGCGACAGCCUCGGCCGCGCGCCUGACGCCACCCCUCGUGCUGGGAGCUUCGGGACGCGCCAGCAACAACGACGUCACCACCCUAAAAUCCCGCCCCACGGACGCCAAGCCCAAGGUGUUCAACGCGUUCAAGCGGAUGCCCGGCCACGAUAAGCGCGAGCACGUCGUCAGCGCCCGUCCCCACGAGUACAUCGACGCGACGAAGCUUCCCAAGAGCUUCACCUGGUCGGACGUCGAGGGCGUCAACUACCUGACGAAGAUGCUGAAUCAGCACGUGCCCCAGUACUGCGGAUCUUGCUGGGCGCACGGCGCGAUGUCGUCGCUCGCCGAUCGCAUCAAGAUCGCGAAGGGCCCCCACGCGAAGGGUCCCGACGUCAACCUCGCCAUCCAGUUCAUCCUCAACUGCGGCACGGAGGUUGCCGGAUCGUGCCACGGGGGUUCCGCGACGGGAGCCUACCAGUUUGUCAAGGAGGCUGGAUUCGUGCCUUUCGAGACCUGCCUGGUGUACGAGGCGUGCAGCGCCGAGUCCUCCGAGGGCAGCUGCGCCGCGGGCGACGUCUCCAGGUACGAGUGCAAGCCCGAGAAUACGUGCAGGACCUGCUCCACCUUCUCCGACAUGGGCGGCUUCUGCUCGGCGCUCGACUCGUUCCCAAACGCGUCAAUCGCCGAGUACGGCGAGGUGAGCGGCGAGAAGGAGAUCAUGGCCGAGGUGUACGCUCGCGGACCCGUCGCCGCGGGGAUCGACGCCAACCUCCUGGACGAGUACACCGGCGGCAUCCUGGAUCAACCCGCCGACUACGAGUACGAGAUCAACCACAUCGUCGCCAUCGUCGGCUGGGGCGAGACCAAGAAGGGCGAGAAGUACUGGAUCGUGAGGAACUCGUGGGGCGAGUACUGGGGCGAGAUGGGCUUCUUCCGCAUCGUCCGCGGUAAGAAGGCCCUCGGCAUCGAGGAUGAAUGUUCCUGGGCCACGCCCGCGUCCUGGACCACGCACAACCAGGGAUGCUACGAGGAUGGAAGCAACUGCGUCGCCGCGGCUGCGUACGUUGACCCAGCCACAGCUGGCGUGCGCCCAUUCGGCGAGAUCCUCGGCGCUGGAGCUAAACCCUAAACCCGGGAUCGAGGCGUGGAACGGACGGCGGAACGGCGCGGCGAGAGAGAUUUUUUAGCGAGCGUUUGUACAUAUCAUUCAACCCGGCGCUCGCCCCAACGCGUGUACUGCCGGUAAAGC